AUGGAGAGCCUGCGAGCGUUCCUCUGUCUGUACAUGUGCGUGUCACUGCUGACCCUCAGCCCCUGCCGGGGUCAAAAGUCGGCCGCGCCGUACGAUGACGACGACCUCUCGCGACUCGCCAACGACGAGCUGGCGGAGGCGCUUCAGGACUUCCUGGACGAGGCGGAAAGUCGAAAUGGCCUGUCGGUGGAGAAGAAGGCCAGCGUCAUCCCCAGGUGCGACGUGGGCGAACGCUGCGCCAUGAAACAUGGCCCUCGCAUCGGCCGAUUGUGCGACUGCCUGCGAGGGACGGCGUGCAACACCUUCUUCCUGCGCUGCUACUGA